AUGUCAGGAAAAGUUAUUGAAGAUUAUACAUUACACGAAGCCUUAGGUUCUGGCUAAUACGGAAAAGUUUAUAAAGCAUUGAAUGUUCGUACCAACUCUUUGGUAGCUAUUAAAGCAGUAAAGGUUGAAAAAUUUAAAGAAGUUCCUAAAUUAGAAGAAUUCACUAUGAAUGAAAUUUAAACAUUAGCUAGAAUUAACAAUCCAUAUAUAGUUAAGUUCAUUGAAAUGCUAAAGACUAAGAAUCACUAUUACUUCGUGUAUGAGUAUUGCAACGGUGGAACUUUAGAAGAUAUAAUAAAUAAUUAAAAAACUCUACCAGAACACGAAGCCUUAAAAAUUUUUAAAUAGCUUGUUGCUGCCUUUACCUCUAUAGUUAAAAAUAAUAUCAUGCAUAGAGAUCUAAAGCCAGCAAAUAUUCUCCUCCAUAACGGUUAAGUCAAACUAGCUGAUUUCGGUUUUUGUAAAGCUUUGUAAUCUCCAUAAGAUCUUUCAUAAACAAUGGUUGGAUCACCAAUCUAUAUGGCUCCUGAGAUUUUAACAGGACAUGAUUACACAAUGAAAGCAGAUAUUUGGUCUUUAGGAUGUGUUCUCUACGAAAUGCUUUAUGGAGAAUGCCCCUAUGAAGAGUCAACAAUCGCUAAGCUCAUAUCCGCCGUAGAAGGAAGAGAUAUUUAAUACCCUUCUAAGUAUAAUGUGAGUUAGAAGACUAUUACUUUGUUAAAGGAUAUUCUUAUUAAAGAUGCUACUAAAAGAAUAGAUUGGGAUGAACUUUUCAAAAGAGAAUUAACUAAAACAGAUUUAUAGGAUAUCUAGGUGUACUAAAUAUUAGAAUAAAAAGAUCCUUCUAACAAAACCUAAAGUUCAGCAGAGUUAGAAAAGCAAAAGGCUUCAAAAUCUUUCAAAUAUAUUUUGAACGAACGUAACAAAAUAUUCUUUUUAUACAAGGUCUUAGAAGAAAUGCUUGAACUCAAUUUUGACUAAGAAACUCCUAUCUAUUGCUUUUUGAUGGUCAAAUAAGUCUAUGCAGAAGCACUUUUUAUAAAGAAAAAUUUAGUUGAUACUUUCAAUAUUCCAGCAUUCUAGCAUUUGAAAAAUAAGUUCGAAUAUUGGAAUAGUAUUCCACAAACAUUUGAAUACAAAAGUUUUUGUAAAUUGAUGGAUAAGGAAGUUGAUAACUCAAAAAAAUUAGCAUUAACAUUUAAAGAAGAAGCUUAUAAAUUUUUCAAAAACUCCAUUUACCAAAAUGACUAUGAAGUUUAAAAAGAAAUAGAUAAUACAUAUGAAGGAAAUAACCACACAUUCAGAAGAUUGAUGCUUAGAUACAUAGAAGAUAUUAAAUCAAAGCAUUUUAACAAAUUUUUAGAUCCUACUUCCGAUGACUCUACUAAGUGGUUGGUCCAUAUUCAUAAGACUUUAGACGCUCUUUUACUUGAUGAAUUUUUUGAAAACUUCAUUUAAAUUGAUAUAACUGACUUUGAAUAGCAACCUUAUUUCAAAACCUUCCAUACUUAUUAAAAGAGUGACCUCUUGACUGUUGUUUCUAAUAAAAUAAAUUACACUCGUAAUAAACUUGGUUUUUGA